AUGCCGCUGCCGCUGGCCAAGGCGAGGAGGGGGUUGUCCCCGCAGCCGGAGCCGCAGCCGCAGCCCGCGCGGUCGACCUGCAGGUCGCAGCUGGAGCAGGACGUGAAGAGGCUGCGGAAGGCGCUGCAGGAGGAGACGGCGCUGCACGCCGUCCUCGAGGGCGCCCUGGGCCGCGCCGCCGUCACGCUCGCCGACAUGGCCUACCUCCCCACCAACGCGCAGGAGCUGCUCUCCAACAUCUGCAUCCUCGAGACCGCGGUCACGAAGCUGGAGGAGGAGAUGGUCUCCCUGCACUUCCAGCUCAUCCAGGAGAGGAACGAGAGGAGGCUCGUCGAGUACCGCCUCAAGCACCUCCCCCCGCCGCCGUCCGCUUGCUCCUGCCACUCCGGGAAACUCGGACCAGAUGAUACCACAGGCGAAAAAUGCAGUAGCCAAGGGGUGGAGGUUUAUCCUCGUGCUGUCUUGCAUGAACAAGCUGUGAAACUACAGAGACAGAUCUCUGUUAAAGGCUUUGCCGAUCCUAAUCAGCUUUCUGAAGACAUCGUCCGCUGCAUGAGGAAUAUUUUUAUUUGGCUAUCAGAUUCCUGCAGGGACUCCUCAAGGAAUUCCUCCAUGGAGAAUCAGCAGUCCAUUCCAUCUCCCACUGGGAAUUAUUCAAUUUCUGCCUUCUGGUCUUUGUCGGAACCGUCGUCCAUAUCUUCUUGGGUACAGAGCCCUCAAGUGGAUUUGAACUACAACAAUAAUCUAUUAGCUUCAGAGACUGUUUUUGACCCUUACAAAGCCCGUGAGAAGCUUAGCUGGGCUGACAUAGGCAGCUACAGUGCAUCGGCAGAAGUUUCAUGGAUGUCAGUUGGGAAAAAACAACUUGAAUAUGCAGCGGAGUCACUUCGCAAAUUCAGAUUGUUCAUUGAGCAGCUGGCAGAAAUAAACCCUAUUCACCUCAAUGAUGAUGCAAGGUUGGCAUUUUGGAUCAACUUAUACAACGCGUUGAUGAUGCACGCUUAUCUUGCUUAUGGUGUUCCACGAAGCGACAUGAAACUGUUUUCACUGAUGCAAAAGGCCGCAUAUACAAUUGGUGGGCACUCAUUCAGCGCUGCAUUUAUUGAAUAUGUAAUUCUGAAGAUGAAACCACCAAGUCAUAGGCCACAGAUGGCCCUGCUUCUUGCCCUUCAGAAGAUUAAGGUGAAGAUAUACACAACAAACAAUGUGAGGGAAGAACUUCAAGAUGCACAGCGUGAUUUCAUUAGAGCAUCGGUAGGAGUAAGUCGAAAAGGGAAGCUUCUUGUCCCUAAGAUACUACACUGUUUUGCCCGUGGUUUUGUUGACGACAACAGCUUCCCUAUUUGGAUCUCGCAUUUUCUACCUCAGCAGCAAGCUACAUUUGUCGAUCACUGUGUGUCUCAAAGGCGGCAAAGUCUCCUGGGCACCCGUACUUUCGGCAUCAUUCCAUUUGAUUCUCGGUUUCGCUACCUCUUCCUGCCAGAUACGGGAUCUUUAAAUUAA